UUGGUGGAGGCAUUACAUACUGCUGGUGCUCGUGCUCUUAGCAACCGUGCCUCAGCAACAGAGCCACGGCAACAGAGCUCCACGGCAACAGCGUGCCGUGUCUCCCCAAUGGAGCUGCCAUUGGGCGGACCGGCUCUCAGGCACUACACCCAGAGCCGACCGAGACCUCACCGCCAAAAACUGAAUUAUCGUCCCAGCAGACCGCAGGAGACAAUAAUUGAGAGUGAAAAUGAAGUCCUCGAGCUCAUGGGGAGAGUGGAUGAAGGAGUUGAAGAGUUCUUUACAAAGAGAGUACUACCCACUGAUACACUGGACAAGGAAGAUGAGGAAUCUAUCACAGUACAUGAAGUGGCCCCGGCCAGCUCUGUCCCUUGUCCACCACCAACAAAAACACUCAGGAGGAAGCUCGGUGACUUCUUUACGCUCAAGAAGAGGCGAGGUUUGAAAUCAGAACCGAGCCAAGAGGGGCGUCCCAAAAAGGCCUCCAUCGCUGAUCUCAUUCGCCCUCUCAGGGAGGCCGCCAGGUCCGAAAAAGACAAAGAAAAGGACAGAGUGAAGGAACAUGACAGAGAGAAUGAAAAGGAGAGAGCGAAAGACCAUCCCAGUGCUGUUACUGGGGAGUCAGCUGUUCCGGAGAAACCUGUUACCGGUGAUGCGCCGCUGAGAGGCGAGGCAGUGCCUCCCCGCAGAGCUCUCAGAGAGGGGAAAUCCCAGUCUCUCAUUCUGCUGUCAGGAUCAGCAGCCGCCGGGCCCACCAACACCAGAAACACUGCAAAGAAACAGUUUGAAGGCCAACACAGCUUUGAGCAGAAACUCCAUCUCAUGCUUCAGCGCAUUGGAGUUUCCAAACCUCAGCCAGGAGACACAGAGAAUCAAGAGGGAGAGAUGAAGAAAGCAGAGUCUGAAGGUACCAUCAUUGACAGUAAGCCCGAGCCACCUCCUACUUUCUCAAAACCUCGAACAAUGUCUGCAUCUUCAGACACACGGCAUCAGAUCCGAGCGAGUGUGUCAGCACACGAGGCUGCUGGGAAACCCGCUCUGCUUCCAAAGCCAGUUAUCAAACCAGCUCCACCCCCCACAACGUCUGGCCGUAACACACCUGAGAAUGAGCUAACCCAGAUAAAGGAAAUGGAGGCAAGAACAUCCACUAAACUAAGUCCAGCUGCCGCCCCGCCAGCCCCUGCUGCUCUGACAAUUGCGGACUCAGUCCCUGACUCAGCCAGUGUUACAGUCUCCUCUUCGAGUGCUGUCACUCCCGCUGACACAGAUAUAUGCACUGACUCAGUUCAACCUACUGCCGCAGCUACGACACCCACAAGUAGUGCAGUGGUGCCGGACAGCAAAGCCUCUGUCUCUAAAACCAGUGCCCCAACCACCGAAAUAUCCACCCCUUUCCACCCAGGUGCCGCCACCCCAACAGAGCACCCCGACACUGUCUCAGUUCCUUCCACCUCCUCAGAGAGCAUUACCCCCAGUCCUUGUGUCACUUCCGCCUCAGAAACAAUAACGACGCCUUCUAUUACCACCCCGGAAACUGUUUCUGCCCCCAGCAUCCAAGGUUCAGUUUCCCCUGCUUCGGCAGAUCUGUCAACAAGGUCAGCCGUGGUCGAUCCAAAGGGGGAUCCCUCGGUUGAUGCUUUCCCGGCUGCAGGAGGUGAUGCAGAUACUCCUGUCACCACAGCAAAUUCUUUGCCCUCCACCAGAUUAUCUGAUAUGCCAUCAGGCUUAUCUGCUGACGUCAGACCAGUUUAUGAAGCUGGCCGUGAGCCCACUUCAGUGACCGGCAGUAGCUCUGAAACACGAGUGUCAUCAGUACCUGAAACUACGAGUCCUCCUCCUAACUCCAGCAUAAGAGUUACCGCUGCAGUCCCACACAGCAACUCCAUUAACACACCCUCCACCAUAGCCGCUACAUCCCUUCCUUCCACCACCACCACCACCAUUUCCUCUACCACCACUGAAAGCAUUAUCCAGAUAUCCAGCAGUGACACAAGCUCUGUCUCCACACCUGCCAUUUUUCAGUCAGCCACUUUUAGCCCAACUGAAAGCCCCGCACCCCCGACUUCUUCCAGUGAAACAAACCCAACAGACACCUGCUCCACUGCCUCCAGUUUAAAACGUGCAGAUACCACCUCCACCAGCAGUUCAGCACACUCAGCUGGUCCAGACCCAUCUUUCUCCAGUAACGUCAGCUCCACCAUCGCACCACCUGUCGCUAUCCUGCCCCCCGCUGAUAACUUAAGUGCCACUCACCAGUUGUCAAGCCCGGCACCCUCCAUUGAUAGUCCAGGCCAAGAUUUUGUUUCACAGGAAGAAGGAGCUUUGGUGGAAAAAAUAGAAAAGCCGAUAACAGAUAAAGUCACAGCAGGUGAGGAGCUCGGAGUUGUCCAAAAGAGCAAGCCAGCUGAGUCGGAAGAGAAGAGGGAGGUUAUCGAAAGCGGGACGAGGAGGGAGAGUGACAGUGACAAAUUGAUGCUUGACAACAGCGACGUGAUAAGAGAAGAAGUGAAAGCAGACAGUGUGAAAGUUGAAGAAGGCACUCUGGGUGAACCUGCAGUGGGGGGACUGGAACAGAGUGACCGAAGCCGAGACGAAGCUGUCACAAAGGCUCAAAAGCAAGAUGACGCUGCACCAGUGAGUGAGAAGUGAUUCACAUACGAAUACAUCGCUGAACAUGGGACCAACUACUGUGACGGGCAGGAGUGGACACAGUAAACAGUACGGGGAAGGAGGGGGGUGGCGGCAAUUCCAUGGCACUUCCUACAGGGACCACCACAUUACAGCAGCACACCACUGAGGGUGGGCCAAUGGACCAAAGAACUGAGAUCUCCUUGGUGUGAUGUGAUCAACAAAUCCAGCAGUGUUUUGUCCUUUUUUUUUUUUUUGUAACUUAUGUUUGAUAUUUUGCAUUGCACGUAUAAUUAUGUACCAUAAAAAAGUAUUGUGUAAAAUACAUCAUGUUUACAAUAUAUGGAUAAGAGACAUAGAUAUGACUAAUAAAUGGAAUAUUGAAUUGACAGAGUCCCUCUCUAUGCUUUUUAAUGUGUGAAUGUUUUGUAUGAUUAUUUCUUGUGUUUCUGACCAGCACAAUGACAAGCCUUUAUGUUUGUUUAAAGAUGUGUGUGUGUGUGUUAAAACUGUGGAAACUGUGUUAUUUGUAAAGGACUACACAAUGUGUUUAAGACAAAUGUGAAUGUUUUUAAUGUCUUCAUUAAACUAUGUUGGGAGACAAAAUCAAAUAAAACAAGUAUUUUAUCGGUCAGAAAAUCA